AUGGAUGCCUCACAUAUCCUACUAGGUAGGCCCUGGGAGUUUGAUGCGAAUGCCAAGCACGAUGGACGGGCCAACAGCUAUGAAUUCCUUUGGAAUGGCAAGAAGAUAGCCUUAAUGCCGCUACCCCAACAGGACAAUUUAACUGGCCCAAAUACUCACACUGGUCGAUUAUUCCUUACCACCCUAGGAAAACCUUUUGAACAUGACGUGCAGUCCGCCGGGCUGGUCUUGGCUUUAGUUUCAAAAGGGACAGCCACAGGCGACCUUGCGGUUCCUGCGAAUGUGCGAUCGUUGUUGAAAGAAUUUAAAGAUGUGACCCCGGAAGAGUUACCUGAAGAACUCCCGCCAAUGCGAGACAUACAUCAUCGCAUUGACCUUAUCCCAGGAGCGAGCCUUCCUAAUUUGCCGUAUCACUAA